AUGGCUUCCAUCUUACUGAAAGACAAGACUGGAUCAUUUUCCCCAUCAGGCUCAGUGCAAGAAGGAGAAGAUCCCUGGGAGUUUAAAGUAUUUAAAGGAGAGUUCGUUGUCCAACUGUGUCAAAAGGAGAUAUGUCGAAUCAAAGGUGUCACUCUUAAUUAUCGUCUUUAUCAUGAUGCUCAGAUAGUCUUGCAUGCUGAUCCUGUUGAUGUUGUUCCGUUAGAUGAAGGAGAAAUAGAAUAUCUACAAGCAGUACGCCCAUCUAGUGUAAGAUUAAAGGAAUACUUAAAUGAGGAGAAUAAGAAGAUGAAGCUUAAUCUGGUAGUUGGUGAUAAAGUCAUCUUCAAAUUAAAAUUAGCAGAGUCUGUCACAUCCAAAAUCACGCCAACUCCAUCGGUCAAUGGUACAAUACAUUAUAUUGGUCAUCAUCCUGAUAGUGAUGGAAUAAUCUUUGGUAUUGAAAUUGCUGCUCAAGAUCAUACAUAUCGUGGCAAAGGUACCAGUAAUGGUAAACCUUAUUUCACUUGUAGACCAAAGAAUGCUGUUUUUGUUGCUAUGGAUAAGAUAAUCAAGAAACAAGAUCCACCAGCACGUACUAGAUCAAGUCAGGGAUCAUAUGAACCUUCUGUCAUAGAACAACCUAGACCAACUACCAGAAGCCAGACGAAGCCUGGUGCUGCCAGUGGUCAACCGGCAAAAAGUGUUUAUGAUAGAGUAAAAGGUUUUAUAAAAGAUUUUUCAGUUUUCUCCAUUGAAGUUAGUAAUACAGCAGAAGAAGGAGGAAUAAGUUCACCAGCCCAUAAGUCACGGUUCAAAAAAGGUGAUCGUGUGAUAUUACAGACAGUUAAAGAAGAAGUAGUUGCUGGUACAGUGAGAUGGGUGGGACCAAUUAGAGUUGCCAAAGACAUGAAAAUUGAUCCACUUCCAGUAGUUGGAAUAGAAACCGACACGAAAAUUGAUCCUUUGAAAGAUUUUGAUGAUGCAGGUGUUAAUAUCACUGGUACUCAUGGUACUAAGCUUUUUAAAGUAGCACCUACUCACAGUCGAGUGUUCCUUCCUGAACAACUAGUACUUACUGUUGAUGAGUAUACGAUGCAGCAACAGAGAGAUCAUGCUGCUAGAUUUAAGCAAGGUCAUGAAGUUUUUAAACAAGAUGAUGCUACUGAGAAAGAGAAGAAAUUAGCUGCAGAGCAUGGUAUGACAGUAGUAGAAUAUCAACAACUACAGGAAGGCUUUGUUGCUGCCAAGCAAGGAAAGGAUGAUGGGAAGGUUCAUGUCACUGGUGAUCCAAAAAUUGAAGAAGAAAUGUUUGCAGUAGGAGGAGGAACAAGAAUAAUACAAGGAGGAAGAGAAGGACUUAAUGAAUUAACAAUUACAAUCAAACCAAUGAGGUUUGCUGGGCCUGAAAUAGUUAGUAAAGAACGAAUUGAAGAAGAAGAAAAAGCUCUUGAAACAACAUCAAAACAACAGCAACGAAGGAUUAAUGAACAACAGCAUGGGCAAAAAGAUUUUCAGGAUAAUAAUGAAAGAAGAGGAGGAGACAAUGACCAGCAACAACGACCUAACCUAUCUGUAAUGGGUGAAAGUAUUAGGCUCCAACAACCACAUCAACCCCAACAGUCAUCAAGAGCUCAACAUCUCCACAAUGAAGGAGGAGAAAGAGAAACAGCAAGUCUUCCAUCUAAUGAUAAUACACGUAAUCAUUCACCUUGUAAUGAUCCUGGUCAUCAAGAUCAUGGGCAUUAUGAUAACCAUCAAUAUCAAGAUUGGGAUCCUUGUGAUCCUGCUUGUUAUGAUGAUCAUCAUGGCUCUGGCCAUUAUUCACCUGAUCCUCCCAGUGGUCCUCUUCCUGAUCCUGGUGAUCAACCUGCUGUUCCUCCUCCUAAUCCUCUGCAUUUCCAGUUCAAUAUUGGGUCAAUGGUGUAUAUUGAUACACAAAAAGGUGAUCCAUUGUAUGGUAUGGUAAAGUGGAUAGGGACACUACCCGACUACCCUGGAACAAUAGCUGGAGUGGAAUUGGAGAGGCCAUUGCAAGGCUGUACUGAUGGUACAUGGGGUGGAAGAAGAUUCUUUACAUGUCCUUAUGGUAAAGGUUACUUCUGUCCAUUAAAUAUUCUGAAACAAGACACAAGAUAUGUGGAUAUGACUCAGAGUGAUGCACCACUUGACUUUCAGUCAAUACUCACUGCAGAUGGUAAUGAGAUACACAAAUCCAGCAUGAUGGAGGAGGAUUAUCCAAAGGAUGAGCACCUCUUGCCAAUAUAUGCUAAAGAUAACAGUAUCACUGAGGCUACAGAUGAAUCACCUAUCCCUAACAGUGAAUAUGAAAAGGAAGCCACACAAGACACAAAAGCCGAUAUGAAUAACCAAAUAGUAUUAAACUUAGAUGAAUCUUAUGAUGAAUUUGAAACUGAUUUUACUAAGGAGAGUUUAUACAAGCUGCAACAAGAGAGGCCUCAAUGUCUACAAGAUACCAUUAGUAAAAAACCACUGAGCUCGUUUGAAGGUAUCAUAUCCAUUCAACAACAGAUGCAUGCUGAUUUAGCAUGGUAUAACACCAACUUUGAUCACAUGAUCCGACACUGUGAAGAGCUGUUUGAUAAUCUGGAGGAAAGAAGGAGCAACUUUAGACAAAGAGAAAGUCAAUUACAAAAAGUUUAUAAACAGAAUAUAAUUAAAAUGAAGGAAUUGAAUGAAGAUUUAACAUCUUGUCUUCGUUCUCUUCAAGAUUCACACAAUAGCCUCACAAAAGAACAUCAGCAGCUCCAAAUGUCACAUGACACCCUAACAACAAAUCAUCAGAAGCUUUUGAAGUCACAUGAUACCAUGACAGCUGAUCAUCAGGAGCUUCAAAAUUCACAUGACAACCUCUCAAGAAAUUAUCAAGAGCUUCAAAAGUCACACAAUAGCCUCAAAAUGGAACAUCAUAAGUUACACAAUAGCCUCAAAAAGGAAUAUCACGAGCUUCAAAAGUUACACAAUAGCCUCACACUGGAACGUCAGGAGCUUCAAAAGUCACACGAUAGCCUCAAAAUGAAACAUCAGGAGCUUCAAAAAUCACACGAUAGCCUCAAAAUGAAACAUCAGGAGCUUCAAAAGUCACACAAUAGCCUCAAAAUGGAACAUCAGGAGCUUCAUAAGUCAAAUGCAACACUAACAACUUCUCAUGAAGAGCUUCAAACAUCUCACAAUAACCUCAAAAUUGCUCAUCAGCAGGAAGUCACUCGACACCAAAAGUCACAGGAAGAAAUUGAGAAUAGGUUAAAACAAAUUAAUCAAAGAUUAGUUCAAACACAAGAAGAACUAGCAGCAAAACAAAAUGAAGUGGCUAAAUUACAAAGCACACUGCAAAAAUUAGAAAAUAAUUGGAAAGUCAGUUGCACUGAUGUAACUCUGUCAAAGAAAGAGCUGGGCAGAGGAGGCUGGGGUGUAAUUUGGAUCGGAGAGUUUAGGGGACAGAGUGUUGCUGUGAAACAGAUGCAUGAGCUGAUUAAAAGCGACGAAUAUAUGGAGCUCCUUCAUCGAGAGAUAAAUACAAUGUCUCAAUUGCGUCAUCCUAAUCUCCUCCAAUUUAUAGGAGCUGUGUUAGACCAUCCAUCAGGUAAUCCUAUGAUUAUCACUGAAGUAAUGGAUACCUCAUUACGCAGUGCAUAUGAGAGGAAGGAGUUUACUACUAAUCGUCACUGUAGACCAGUGAUUCUAUCUAUAAUGCGUGAUGUAGCUGUUGGUUUAAACUACCUACACUGUCUCCCUGAUCCUAUUAUUCAUCGUGAUGUCAGCAGUGCUAAUGUACUACUGGAAUCAAAGGGAGACAAGAAAUGGAAGACUAAGAUAUCUGACUUUGGGUCGGCUAAAUUUGCUCAUGCAGCAGUCACUGCAGCACCAGGAGCAGCUGUUUAUAGUGCUCCAGAAAGUAUCGCAACAAUUCAUAGAAAAAAGAGAAGGCAAACAACAAAGAUGGAUUCACAUAGUUAUGGUGUUCUCUUGUGUGAAGUGCUGACAUGUCGUUUUCCAGAUGAGGAAAUAUUUGAGGCUUUGUUAAAGCAGGUCAAAGCCAGCUCACCUCAGCUGCAUGAGCUCAUAGUUUCGUGUAUCGAUGAAGAACCAGACAAACGACCGACAAUGUCUGAAAUAAUCAUCAAAUUGGAUCAUUUCAUUGCUAAUAAGUAGCACUGACUGUUCCCCAUUACACAAGUACUUUUAUAAUAUAAUAUUAUUGUU